UUGCAUCUCUCUCGCUGUGUGGUUUCCCUCCCUCCCCUGGUCCAUCACCCUGGCGCCGGCUGUUGCUCUGCCCGUCCCAUCCCUUUCCCCUGGGCAAAGGGGCUGCUCCUGCCUCCCAGGUCUGUUCCCAUAGUUCGGCUCUGCCGGAGGGACCUGGCCCCAGGGCAUCCUUGGAAGGCUGAAAGGUGCAAUUUCCCUUUCCCUUUGCAAAUUAAAGUCCUGGAAAAGUAGCUGGGCUGAAAUCAUGUUUUAGGCACAACUGAUGCCUGCUUCUAGGAAGGAGAAAGCCUCAUUCCUCACCUGCCCGCAAACCCCAGAGCAGACAGGGGCCAGGCUGUGCUGCCAGCACCAAGAUCCUGGCCCUCACCCUUGCCUCUGUCACCCUGUGACAAAUGCCAGGGGGUGCAUUCGUGCAUCCCUGUGCAUUUGUGUGUCACUGGCACCCUACUGUGGAUGCUGUUUCCCUGGGGACAAGUUUGCCUUCUCUGAGUGGCUUUGUGGGACAAUGACCUCCUGGAGCUGUUCUCCAUCGCCCCAGGGUGAUGGAGCUGCCUGCAGACCCAGGUCUUCCUCUGGGCAUUGGAUCUGGGUACCAAGCAGCACUAUUUCCCCAGCCCCCAGGGCUCAGCUCAGCCCCACAAGGCUGAGAAAGCUGCUGGAGAAGCCCCAUCUGCUACCCCCCUAGAGAAACCACCCCAAAACCAGGGCUCAGGGCGCGCAGGCAUUGUGACCUGCUGCCUGCAAAUGUCCAGGGCGCUUGGAUCAAAUGCUGUGACAGCACAUCCCCAAAGGGACUUUGCACUUUUCAUCCCGUCGGUGCCCCGUGCCGCUCUCUGCCUACCUUUGGGGGCUGGAGCCCGGCAUGGCCUUCAUCCCCCUCCCUGCCUGCAGCCUUAGUCCUGCGCUGAGUUUGCUGGCUUGAGACACUGUGGGAAGGGAGGGAGUGGGUCUGCAGCCAUGGGGCAGCGCCAGCAGGGAGAGAUGGGGCUGAGCAAAGCCACUGUGGUCCAGAUGGGGGAAUAGGGUUGGGGGGGGAAGGUCUGUGCAGCGAGGGGGCUUGCUGUUUAUGCAGAGCCACUUGGAAGCCAUGGCUACGGGCCAGGCUGACAUGGUGAGCCCCUCACCCUGCCCCCAUAGCCUGGCCGAGGCAAAGCCCUGAGCCCUGUUCCCCUUCUGGCUGUCUCGAAGCAGAGCCCUGGGCUGGGAUCCCAGUGCCACGCUGGGGUGGGGGUGCACGCUGCAGUCUGGGCUGCAUGGCUGGGUUCGGUGCAUGCUUCGCGUUCAGCCGUCGGCUGCCAGCAGGAUCAAACCCAGCCCAGAGCUCUGGGGAGGAUGCAAAGCCCUGUCUCAGCCACAGGCUGGUUCUUGGGCUCCAUCCUGCCCUGCCUCCCUGCAUAGCCCCUUGGGGAGGGGAGGAUCCCAGAGAGCGGGUAUUUGGCCUCCAGGCUAAAGGGUAGCCCUGCCAUCUCCUGGGUCUCUGGGCUGCUGGAUGUCUCCAGCACACCCCGACACGUUGCAAUGGGGGGUUUGUGCAGAGGUGCUGGGUGUGAGUAGCCCAGCAGGGUUGCCCUUUUGUCACCCCCUUCCUUCCCCAGGAGGAAAACUCCAGUGCUGGGUUUGUCCUGGGAUGAAGCAGAAAGGCCGAGCAGAGCCUGGGCUGGGCUUCGCCUUCCUGCUCCUCCGGCGUCGCGCUGCAUGUGCUGCCUCCGGCCCCGCUCGCCCUGUGCCGGGUGCCCAACCCCGCUGCCCACCGGGUCCGGGGGCCGCUGCUCCGUUAACUCUUCUUCUGCUUGGUGACUCCUUCUUUCUUCCAGGCAACCCGCCGGGCCAAACUAAAAAAGCGCUGAAGCAGCGAUUCCUCAAACUGCUGCCCUGCUGCCGGCCCAAAUCCAUCCCCUCGCUCAGCGAAAACAGCGUUGAGGAUGAGUUUGAGCUCUCCACCGUCUGCCACCGCCCCGAGGGGCUGGAGCAGCUCCAGGAGCAGACCAAGUUCACCCGCAAAGAGCUGCAGGUCCUCUACCGAGGCUUCAAGAAUGAGUGCCCGAGCGGCAUCGUCAAUGAAGAAAACUUCAAGCAGAUCUACUCACAGUUCUUCCCGCAGGGAGACUCUAGCACGUACGCCACCUUCCUCUUCAACGCCUUCGACACUGACCACGAUGGCUCCGUCAGCUUUGAGGACUUUGUGUCUGGGCUGUCCAUCAUCCUGCGGGGCACCAUUGAUGAUCGCCUGAACUGGGCCUUCAACCUCUACGACCUGAACAAAGAUGGCUGCAUCACCAAAGAGGAAAUGCUGGACAUCAUGAAGUCCAUCUAUGACAUGAUGGGCAAGUACACCUACCCAGCCAUGCGGGAGGAAGCACCCCGGGAACAUGUGGAGAACUUCUUCCAGAAAAUGGACCGAAACAAGGAUGGCGUGGUGACAAUCGAGGAGUUCCUGGAGUCCUGCCAGAAGGAUGAGAACAUCAUGCGGUCCAUGCAGCUCUUUGACAACGUGAUUUAGCUCCCGGACCUGCCUCCAGCUGAGCUCUCCUGCCACUGGGCCCAGAAUUUGCUUCUCUCUCGACUUUUCCUUUGAGCCUUCUCUCUGCCGGCUGCACAGACACCCCCACAGGAAGGAGCCUCCCUUCCCAGAGAUGUGGUCAGCGGUGGGAUCUUCCCUUCCCUCUGGGCUGGCUCUGCUUUCCUCGGGGGACCCCAAGCAGGUGCUCCUGGACAUUGGAGCGUGGGCACGCCUGGCACGGGGCGAGCGUUUGGCCCGGAUGGACCUCCCUGCACCCCUUCCUGGCAGGGAAGCCGCAGUCUCGGGCUGCAAUAGAGGCUUCCCACAUGCACAGCACCCCGUGCAGCCAUGGCUCCCCCACCCCUGACCCUCCCCAGCCCUGGGAGCCCCCAGCCCCAGCUCCAGCCCAAACCCUCCAGCGAUGCUGUCUAGAAACCAAUAAAGUCUUGCAAUGGGCGCCAGUGCCUCGGCUUCCUCCCCUGCCCCAGCUGUGCCCUGCUGCGGGGAGCAUGGAUGGCAUGUCGGCCAUGAGCCACUGGCCACCCUCCUUGCCCAGCCCCUGGGCCGGUGGGUGGGCAGAGGGGCUGUGCCUGGAGAAGGCAGCCACACAGGCACUCGGGGUUCAUCGCUGUAUGAGAUGUGGGGGGUAGCCUCUGAUCCCAGGGGGCCCAGUUAGACCUAGGAGGUCCAUCCUGACAUGGGGAGAGGGGAGACUAAAGGUGCUUUCUUGUGGCACUGGUCCCCCAGGAUGGAGGAUGCUGGGCUGGGAGAGCUACAACCUCAGCCCCUGUCCCUUGAGUUUGGGGUGCUGGCACACAGGGGACCUCAGGGACCCACUUUGAGGCUCCAGUGGAGAGACACCCUUCCCACCCCUCCCUGUGGGCAGGGCAGCCAGUGAGGACAGGGCGGCCAGGAUAUGGGGACACAUGGAGGAGGGAGGUGUGCCGGGCUCUGGCGGCCACCCCGGCCUUUAGGCGUCAUGGCCACGCAGCAUCGUUUGCUGAUGACCUUCCCCUGCUUCCGUGCCCUGACCCGUCCCAGCCCACCUGCUGCCUGGGGAGCCAGGGAGCGAGCAAUGGGGCAGAGAGGUGGCCCCAACAGGCAGAGCCCUGUGCUGGGGACAUGGCUGAGCUGGCAGCUCCCUGGGGAGAAAGUCAAGGCUGGGGCCAGCCAGGAGUCGUUGCUGUGCUGCCGGCGGGCUGGCGAGUCACCUCGGGGGAGGUGGGCUCAGCCCUUUCUCCUGGCACGGCCAUGAGAGAGCCAGCCUGGGGACCCCAGGGGUGGAGCCAGCACCCUGGGGCUCCCCACGUCUUUGUCACCACCAGCUCCUCAGAGCUGUGUGUGUGCAGGCUGACCUGUCCUGCUCACGUAUCCCUCCGAGUUGUAGCUGGGACAGUGAUGCCCAUGGGCUAAUGACCCCAUGCCAACCCCAGAAGCCCCUCUGUGCAAUCCCACAGGCCUUGGGAACGUACCUGGCCCCAGCAGCCCCUAGCUCUGCUGCUCCAGCCUCCGCAUCCUUAGCAGACAAGGGCAGCCAGGGCUGGCCUGAGCUGCGGCAUCUGGGAUCAAUGGGGCGGGGGUGAGCAAGGCCAGUACCCAUGCUGGGCCAGGCCCCAGACCCAGGCCAAGCCCCUGGUGUCGGAGCCAUUAGAAACAGCCCCCCCCAGGGCCCUGAGCUGAAGCUACGGGGCUGCUCCCCAGCAGGACUGUCCCUGGCCCAGCCCCUGCAGAAAUGAUGCGGUUUUUUUUAGGUUCAUUCAACACAUCGUUCAUCUCACAAGUCCUGUUCCUUGGGUUUGCCGUGGGGCUGAGCUCCCACUUGCAGUCUCCCAAGGGUGGGAGGGCAGGUAUCCCGAUCCUUACCCCUCCCGUCUCCUUCCCCCCCAGUCCUCCCUCUUCCCAGGCUCUCUGGGGUACCCACCGGCCACACGGAGCAGAUGCUGCCUCCUCCCUCACGCUGCAGGUCGCAUGGUGUGACCCCCCACCCCCACCCCCCCACUCCGGGGCAUGGUGACCCACAACCCGCUUGGCAUCUCCAGUCUGUAUAUUUUGUAUUAUAACAAUAAUAUGGGUUAAAAAAAAAAAAAGCAACAAAAAAACCAAUAAAAUCUAACCACAAUCGCUAUGCACACCAC